AUUGGCUGCCUGGGGGAGCUGGGCCUCGGGGCUCCUGGGCCCGGUGGGGAUCAGAGAGGGAUUGGUUCUCGCUAGGCGGACACAAGCGGCGGGUCCUGAGUCUGGCCUCGGAUCCGUCGGAAGCGGCGGGCGUGCGGCCGUGCCUCCGGCGCCAUGUCAUUCUGCAGCUUCUUCGGGGGCGAGAUUUUCCAGAACCACUUUGAGCCGGGUAUCUAUGUGUGUGCCAAGUGUGGCUAUGAGCUCUUCUCCAGCCGCUCCAAGUACGCACACUCAUCCCCGUGGCCGGCCUUCACCGAGACCAUCCAUGCUGACAGUGUGGCCAAGCGGCCAGAGCACAAUCGGCCUGGAGCCAUAAAGGUGUCCUGUGGCAGGUGUGGCAACGGGCUGGGCCAUGAGUUCCUGAACGAUGGCCCCAAGCGCGGACAGUCCCGCUUCUGAAUUUUCAGCAGCUCAUUGAAGUUCAUCCCUAAAGCCGAAGAAACCUCCGCCUCCCAGGGACAGUAGGCAGGCUGCCCAUACCCAGAUCAGGUGGACACCAUCUGAUGCCACCCACCUCGGUCGUGGAGCCGCAGACAUUCAGAGCAGGGGUGUCGGGGUUGGGAGAAGGGAGUAGCUGAAACCUCAGGAAGACUCCUGAGCCCUUGGCUCUGAACAGGCUCUUGCUGGGAAGAGAAGAAGACUCACACUCGGCUGCCAGGAUGGGCCCUUCUGUUGGCUCACAUGGUGUCUCAGGGUGUGGACUCCAGGCCUGGUCUAUCUUUGGAUGAUCUGCAAGCCCCACCUUCCUUUCCUGUCACCCCACUGCCCCCUCGCUGCCUCUCUGGACUCACCCCAUGGGGCCCAGCCCUAAGAUGGCUCCGCCCUCACCAAAGCUCUUGCCCACCUUCUCCAGGCUGUGCCAGGAGAUAGGAUGCAGAUAGGGGUGGCCCUGCCAGCUGCCCCAGCCCGGUCACUCUAUGAUUCUCUCUGGCUAAACCCUUGCAGGCAGCCAGAGUGGUGAUGACCCGUGACCCCCUGGGGGAGCAGGCGGAGGGGAUGGACUCUGACCUCGGUUACAGGAGGAGAAAUCCCAAACCCCAUUGCACCAUCUGUGCGGAUGCAGCUUGCCUUACUCGGGCUUAGGAAAGCAGCUAUUGCUUCAUCACCUUGACAGUGUGAGGCUGGGGACCCCGAGCUCACAGCUUCCCAUCAACCCCUCCCGGUAGACAGUGAGCGAACCUCAGUGCAUGUGCUCUGAGGCCCCUGCCAUUGGUGGGGGUGGGGUUGGGGGGAGGAGAGUGAAGCCCCUUCCACCUUGAAUCCUCUCUAGAGUAAUCAGGAGGAGACCAGUAAACAAAUGGAACCCAG